AUGCGUAAAGGAUUGCCUAGUACUAGUGCUUUUACAAUAGAUAAUAUUGAAACUGCGACUAAUGCUUCUAUUGGAGAUGACUUUGAAGGACCGUUUUCUUGCCAGGCAGAGUUACAGGGUGAUGUUGAAACAAAUGAUUAUAUUUCUCUUUCAUAUAGCGAGGAUAGUUCCAAUGAAGAUAUAACUGAAGUUUUUGAUGCAAGACAAUUUUUAGCAGACUGGGUUGUGAAUUGUCAGAUACCUCAUAAUGCUGUAUUCGCACUACUUAAAGGGCUAAAACUUCAUGAUUGUUUCAGUGAUUUACCAGCAGAUAGUAGAACACUUCUGAAAACAAAAAGAACUGCUGUAUCAAAAGUUGCAAGUCCAGAAAUUAAUGUUGAUGGUUUGCCUCUCUCGAAUUCUUCGAACAUGUCAGCUUGGUCUAUUAAGCACUGAGGGUUUUGAUCACAAUGGGAAACAAUAUAAGGUACGCAUCAAAUAUUUUGUUUGUGAUACUCCCGCCAAAUCAUUUAUAUUGCAGACAA